AUGAAGAAUCUCGUAAGCACAGCACCACCGAUUAAUUUGCUACCACCGCAAGAAGAGCUGGACUGGAUACAAGUGCGCCAAGAAUUGCCGGAUUUUCACGCAGAAACACCAAAGGAAAAGAUGGCACGCAAGCUGAAGGAAAACCCUUUGGUCCCCGUGGGCUGCGCAGCCACAUUGAUGGCACUCGGUUUCGGGCUCUGGAACUUCCGGCGGGGUCGGUCAACCAUGUCGCAAUACAUGAUGCGUGCCCGUAUUCUGGCCCAAGGAUUCACGGUCGUUGCACUGAUCAUGGGCGCUGGCGUGACCUAUACAAACAAGCAAGCGGCGAAAAAGUGA